AGAACUGCUGCUUGCUACUGCAAGCAUCUGCACGAGUUCUUGUCAAUGGAAAGCUCAAUACAGGGUGGAUGCAUCUGGAUGAGUGGGAACCCUGGGCCCUGAAGCCCUCCCCUCUGCUUUGUGCGUGUUCUCCCAGCAGCAGCAGCCACGAUGCAGGCGAUCAAGGAAGUGGUAAAGCACGCCCGGGCUUUUAGCAGCGUCCCAGCGCAUUUCGACCGCAAAGUCGCCGUACUAGGAGCCGCUGGCGGCAUCGGGCAGCCCCUUUCUCUGCUGAUGAAGCUGUCUCCGUACGUUAGCGAGCUGGCGCUGUACGAUAUCGCGGGCACCCCCGGCGUGGCGGCCGACGUCAGCCACAUCAACAGCAAGGCGACUGUCAAGGGCUACGCAGGUGAGGACCAGCUGGGCGAGGCCCUGAAGGGUGCCGAUGUCGUGAUCAUCCCGGCGGGCGUGCCCCGCAAGCCGGGCAUGACCCGUGAUGACCUGUUCAAGAUCAACGCCGGCAUUGUGCGGGCCCUGGUGGAGGCGUGCGGCAAGCACUGCCCCAAGGCGCUGCUGAACAUCAUCUCCAACCCUGUCAACUCCACCGUGCCCAUUGCUGCCGAGACGCUCAAGCGCCUGGGCGUGUACGACGAGAAGCGCGUGCUGGGCGUGACCACCCUGGACGUGGUGCGCGCCAAGACCUUCUACGCGGAGAAGGCGGGCCUGGAUGUGAGCAAGGUGGACGUGCCGGUGGUGGGUGGUCACGCAGGCGUCACCAUCUUGCCCCUCUUUUCUCAGGCGGUGCCCAACGCUGCCAACAAGCUGAGCGAGGCCGAUAUUGACGCUCUCACCAAGCGCACCCAGGACGGCGGCACCGAGGUGGUGCAGGCCAAGGCCGGCAAGGGCUCUGCCACGCUGUCCAUGGCCUACGCGGGUGCGCUGUUUGCCGACGCCUGCCUCCGCGGCCUCAACGGCGACCCCGACGUCGUGGAGUGCACCUACGUGGCCUCCACCAUCACCGAGGUGCCCUUCUUCAGCAGCAAGGUCAAGCUGGGCAAGAACGGCGUGGAGCAGAUCUAUGGGCUCGGCUCCUUGAACGAUUAUGAAGCGGCGGGCCUCAAGGCGAUGCUGCCUGAGCUGCGCUCGAGCAUCGAGAAGGGCAUUGCAUUUGCCAAAGGCGAAUGAAGUCCCACCGGGUUGCUGAGCGGCGUGGUUGCUGAGCGGCGGCCUUGCACUUGUGAUGUUGAUGUCUGCAUGGAGCUCCCUGCAGGAUUCUCGAUGUGUGUCUGUGUAAUAGCAAUAAUUGCGUC